UCGUCUUCUUCGUCGCCUCUCCGCCGCCACCCAAAACCCCGCCGCGCCGCUGCGCUAGCCGCAACCAAGCACACCACCGCGCUCACAGCAAUCCCAGGACACCGCCGCAGCCACCAUGGCAGCCGUUCUCACCCGCCCGACGCCGGGCACCGUCCAGUGCUUCGGCCGGAAGAAGACCGCCGUCGCCGUGGCCUACUGCAAGCCCGGCCGCGGCCUCAUCAAGGUCAACGGCGCCCCCAUCGAGCUCAUCCGCCCCGAGAUGCUCCGCCUCAAGGCCUUCGAGCCGAUCCUGCUCGCCGGUAGGUCGCGCUUCAAGGACAUCGACAUGAGGAUUCGCGUCCGCGGCGGCGGGAAGACGAGCCAGAUCUACUCCAUCCGCCAGGCCAUCGCCAAGUCCCUCGUCGCCUACUACCAGAAGUACGUCGACGAGGCGGCCAAGAAGGAGGUGAAGGAGAUCUUCGGCCGCUACGACCGGACGCUCCUCGUCGCCGACCCGCGCCGUUGCGAGCCCAAGAAGUUCGGCGGUCGUGGCGCCCGCGCGCGUUUCCAGAAGUCUUACCGUUGAUCUCUGCGAGAAGUCCUCUUGGGUAUGGCGGUGGUGGCGUACUGCUUGUCUACUUAUCUAUCUACAUUUUUCUGCUAGUAGUUUCCCAUCUUUUGGUCGAUGAAAUGGAUUCUGAGGUGCCCGUGCAAUAUCAUUUUGCUUCAUGCCUAGUUAAAGGGAUUAUGCUAUGUUUAUCUUAUGUUAAUGAUGAGACUGGACGUUAAGAUAAAGUUUUCUUAAUUGCUUGGA